CAGCCGCGCCGCCAGAGUCCGAACAGGAGCAGGAUUGGAGGGGGCGGGGACCUGGGGAGUCUGCGGGUCGCGACAACCGGGGGAACCAGUUGGCGCCGCCGCCGAGGACACCAACGCCACCACCUUCUCUGUGUCCGUGAUGGAGUCGGUGUUGGAAGAGGACGUCACCCUCCCCGGGACGCUCGGCGGCUGCAGUGGCCUUGUUCCCAAUUUACCAGACGACGUGGAUGGCAUCAGCCCCAUUGCUGGUUUGGGAAAUGGUGUGCUCCCAAAUGUGUCCGAAGAAACAGUGUCUCCCACCAGAGCACGGAACAUGAAGGACUUUGAAAAUCAAAUCACUGAAUUGAAGAAAGAAAACUUUAAUUUAAAGCUCCGCAUCUAUUUCCUGGAGGAAAGAAUGCAACAGGAAUUUGAUGGCCCCACCGAACACGUCUAUAAAACUAACAUCGAACUGAAGGUGGAAGUGGAGAGUCUGAAGCGGGAGCUCCAGGAGAGGGAGCAGCUUCUCAUCAAAGCCUCUAAAGCAGUUGAGAGCCUGGCUGAAGGGGGUGGCUCCGAAGUGCAGCGGGUGACAGAAGAUGCCCAGAAGAAGGUGCGGCAGGUCGAAGAGCUCCUGAACGAGAGAAUAUUCCAUUUAGAAGAGGAUGUGAAAGCCGCCCAGGCAGAACUGGAAAAGGCCUUUGCGGGGACAGAGACAGAGAAGGCUCUUCGGUUGAGCCUGGAAAACAAGCUCUCGGAGAUGAAGAAGAGGCACGAGGGGGCCUUGGACAUGACUGUGGUCCUGGAGCAGAAAGACAGACUGAUUGAGGAGUUGAAGCUGUCUUUGAAGAGCAAAGAAGCUUUAAUUCAGUGCCUUAAAGAGGAGAAAUCUCAGAUGGCAUGUCCUGAUGAGAGCGUGUCAUCUGGAGAGCUCCGAGGACUUUCUGCCGCUCCAAGGGGAGAAAAGGAGAGAGAUGCUGAGGCUGUACAAAUGGAGCUCCAGAAGGAGAGACAGCGCUUUGAAGAGACGAUCCAGGCACUUCAGGAGGACCUGCGAGAGAAGGAAAGAGAGAUUGCUACAGAAAAGAAAAAUAGUUUAAAGAGGGACAAAGCCAUUCAGGGUCUAACCAUGGCAUUAAAGUCAAAGGAAAAAGAGGUGGGAGACCUUAACGCUGAAAUCCAAGAGCUCAGUGCUGCCUUUGCCGAAGCCACAGAGGUGCCCCCGAAAGCGGAGACACAGAAAUUGCAGGGGUCUGAGGAUUGUGGGGCUGCUCUGCUGGACAAGGCCACCCUUUUGGUGCAGCUGCGCUCAGAAAACCUCAACAAGAGCGCGGAGAACCACCGACUGCGUAGGAGCGUGAGGAAGGUGACCCAGGAGCUGAGCCGCCUACAGCAGGAGAGAGAGAGACUGGAGAAGGACUUGGAGGAGGCCCAUCGCGAGAGGAGCAGAGGGGACCGCACCAUCCACGACCUUAGGAAUGAAGUUGAGAAAUUACGCGAUGAAGUGAAUGAGAGAGAGAAGGCCGUGGAGAAUCAUUACAAGAGUCUUUUGAGUGAAAGCAAUAAAAAAUUGCACAGUCAAGAGCAGAUGAUCAGAAGUCUAACAGGAAGUAUGAAUCCAAAGGACUUGUUGCUUCGGAAAUUCAGUGAAAAAGAUUCGGAAGCAGUCCAGCAGAACCGUCAUUCACAGACCGGGGAGGAUCUCACGGUCAGGAGUGAAGACUCCCCGGAAAAGUGCUCUUUGUGGCGGUCACCAUGCAAACGGCUCUUCUCCGAGGAAAAGCGACAAUUAGACUAUGAGGAGCUGAUUCAAGUCUUAAAGAAGGAGCAGGACAUCUAUACUCACCUGGUAAAAUCUCUGCAGAACCCAGACAGUAUCAACAGCCUGCAGGCCGAGCUGAGCAGCAUUUCCGCUCUGCGGACGCAGCUGGAGCAGGACGUGCUCUCCUGUCGGAAUUUGCAAAGGACCCUGGAGGAGCAGAUCAGUGACAUUCGGAGGCGGGAAGAAGAACCAUUUUCAUUUUAUAGCGAUCAAACAUCUUACCUGAGUAUUUGCCUUGAAGAGCACAAUCGGCUUCAAGUGGAACAUUUUUCUCAAGAAGAACUUAAGAAAAAGGUUAGUGACCUGAUACAGCUGGUGAAGGAACUGUAUACAGACAACCAGCACCUGAAGAAAACCAUUUUUGAUCUCUCCUGCGUGGGUUUCCAGGGGGGUGACGGACCUGAGGCAACAGAGCAAACAGAGCUUCUGGCUAGCAAGGAGGACGAGGACACGACCAGACUUGGAGAGGAUGACGAGAAUAACUUCCUGAGCGACCAGCUCUUGGAGCAGAGCAACAAGGUUGCGGAGGAUUAUUCCAAAGGAGGUUGCAAAAAUGGAUAUUUGAGGCACACGGAUUCCAAUAUUCUAGAUUCCGACGGCGCCCACAAGCCUGGCUGCCCCAGAGACCGGAGUCUAGAAGAAGGUGAACUCAUGAACUUGCUUGCCCCGUUUUUCAGUGAGAAGGCCACGUUGUUACUGGAAUCCAGGCCUGACCUUCUGAAAGUGCUGCGUGAACUACUUCUGGAACGAAUAUGCUUGGCAGAGCAGGGAGUUUCUGCAGAACACCUUGACGGUAAAACUGAGACGUCACUCAGGCAAAUGGUUGUACAGCUGAGAGGUGAACUCGGACAUUUCACCCGACCCAACUCGUUGUCCAAAUCCCACGAUGAACUGAAGUCGCCUCGGACGGCCCGGCUAGAAAUGGCAGGUGAAGCAUCCAAGCCGGAACCGAAAGAUGCCUCCGUGCAGACCGUGACUGUGGAGGGUGACAUGCUCAGAUUCCAGCAGGAGGGCAAGAGAGAGGCUUGGGAAGAGAAGCCGCCGGAUGCCGUGCUCCACAUGGAGGGUCAGCCGGAGAACUUGUGCGCGAUGUCAGAGAGGCACGUCACCCCCCUUGCCUUCCCCGGUGGGACCCACAAAGAUGCCAAGAAGUCCCGCUUGCCCAUCCUGAUAAAAGCGUCCCGGUCAUUAGGAAAUGUGUACCGCCUCCCCGCCACCCAGGAGCUGGUGACCCAGCUGCAGGGCCAGGUCCUGGAGCUGCAGGGGGAGCUGAAGGAGCUUAAAGUCCGCAACAGGCAACUUCGGCAAAAGUUAAUUCUGGCUGAAGCGAUGACGGAGGGGAGGCCAGCGCCAGACAAAAUGCUCCUGAAAGCCCAGCCCCUUGUGGGAGCAGCCUACCAGGACAGCCCAGGAGAGCAGAAAGGAAUUAGAACCAUGGCCUGUGUCUGGAGAGACAAGGAAGGGGACAGUUAUCAGCACACCAGCCACGAGACCGACUCUGAAAUUUACCAGCCCGAUGGCCUUGCCGUCUUGCCAACGUGCAAUGAGAAUCCUUCUGAAGAUUUUCCGGGCCCGACCUCAGUAGCUACUUACUUGAGUCAGCUUCCCACUAAAGUCCGCGUGAUUGGGACCCACCAGUCGGAGAACGUUGACACCUCGGGUGAUGCGGAAAACUUAAAACAGAAAAUCUGUGACUUGGAAACUGAGCUCGAGGGCUACCGGAAUUUCUUAUUUCAGCUUCACAAGCACUCCCAGUGCAGUGAGGCCAUUAUCACAGUUUUGUGUGGGACAGAAGAAGCGGCCCAGGAUGCCUUGAACAAGCCCAAGGGUAGUACCGACGGAGAAGAAAUGACCUUUUCAAGUUUGCAGCAGGUUCGGUAUGUGAAACACAUGAAGAUCCUUCAUCAGCUGGCUCCAGAGGUGACCGACGGUGGGCUGCUGGAGGGCCUCAGACGGCAGCUGGUGGAUCAGGAGUGUCAGCUGCAGAAGGAGCAGAACUUGAACGUGGAGCUUUUCAGUGAAAUCCGUAACCUGCAGAAUAGGUUCAGAGAUCUCUCCCCCUCCAGAUACGAUUCAUUAGUUCAGUCCCAAGCCAGGGAGCUCUCCCUUCAAAGACAGCAGAUUAAGGACAGCCAUGGCAUCUGUGUCAUUUACCGUCGACAUAUGAACACCGUGAUUAAGGCAUUUGAGGAGUUGCUACAGGCCAGCGACGUGGAUCGCUACGUGGCCGAGGGCUUCCAGGAGCAGCUGAAUCAGUGUGCGGAGCUACUCGAGAAACUGGAAAAGCUGUUCCUCGACGGGAAAUCGGUUGAAGUGGAAAUGAGCACCCAGGAUGAACCGAUGGAGAGGAUUGAGGAAGACAAUUUAACCUACCAACACAUCCUGCCUGAGUCUCCUGAGCCUUCUGCCUCUCACGCGUUGUCCGACUGUGAAAUGUCCGAGAAGUCCUCCGGCCUCUCACGAGACCAGAAGCAAGACAGUGAGACCGGGAGGACCUCGGUAAUGGCGAACCAUUUUUCUCAAGACUUAGUAAUGGAACAUAUACAAGAAAUUCGAAGCUUGAGGAGACGUUUAGAAGAAUCAAUCAAAACAAACGAGAAACUUCGGGGACAACUGGAAAGGCAAGGGUGUGAAUUUGAUCAAGGUUCUACGAACGGUUUGGCUUAUGGAUCAGAGCUGCAUAAUUCUCUGACAUCAGAGAUCUGUUUCCUGAGGAAGCAGAACCAGGCUCUCAAUACAAUGCUCGCCAAGGGAUCCAGAGAUAAACAGAAGGAGAAUGAGAAAUUACGCGAGUCCCUCUCCAGGAAGGCUGCGAACCUCGAGCUCCUUCAGCGAGAGUACGCCUGCUUGAAGGAGGAGAAUGAGAGGCUGCAGAAGGAGGUCUGCGAGCGGGACAGGCACUCCCAGCAGCUGCUCCGGGAAGUGUGCAGCACCCGCAACGAACUGAGCAGGGUGCAGGAGGAGGCGAAGUCGAGGCAGCAGCUGCUCUCCCAGAACAACAGGCUCCUGCAGUCCCUGCGGGUGGAGCUGAAGGUGUACGCGAAGCUGGACGAGGAGCACAGGAGGCCGAGAGAGCCAUCAGGAGAAGGCUGGAGGGGACAGGACCCUUUCAGUGACCUGCACGGUCUCCUAACAGAGAUCCAGGCUCUGCGGGGACAGCUGGAAAGGAGCAUCGAGACCAACAGCAUGCUGCAGAGCAAGCUGGAGGGGCAGCUGGCGAAGGAGGGGAAGAAGGCUCAGGAAGGAGCCCUCACCGGGGCUCUCCAGACCCCGUGUGUCCCCGAGUGGCCCCUGCAGCUGGACAAGCACGAUGCUGACAAGUGCCCCAUGCCUGGAGAUAAUUCCUGCGGCCCGUUUGACUCCCGCCUGGUGGCGCCACCACGGUCAGCUUCGGAGACUCCGCCGCUGUCCGGAAAUGACACGGACUCCCUCUCCUGCGGCAGUGGCACUUCGGUCACCGGCACGCCGUGCGCGUCCCACCUGGUCCCUGGCCACCGCCUGUGGGCCGACGACAGCGGCUGCCACGUCCUGGGCCUGACUGGGGACUUCGAGGCCCUGUGCCAGCAGAUUGGCCAGGGCCAGAAGCUCCUUGCCGAGAUGGCCCUUCAGAUCCAAGAGGCUCCCCACCCUGCAGGUCUGGAGCUGGAGACAAAGGGUCCACACUCGGCGCCCCCGGGCGGGUUUGUCACCGGCGUGGGCACAGCCAAGCUGAUCCUCGAAGAGGCCGCGAGGUUACUGACGCUCUUCUGGAGGGUCUCGCUCCCCACAAAUGACCAGUGCUCGCUUCAGGGUGAACAGGCUGGAGAAAUGAAGGCAGAGAUCACCAGACUACACAAAAAGCUGUUUGAACAAGAAAAAAAGUUGCAGAACUCUGUGAAGCUUUUGCAGCUGAGCAAGCGCCAGGAAAAAGUCAUCUUUGACCAGUUGGUCGUAACCCACAAAAUCCUCCGGAAGGCCCGAGGAAACCUGGAGCUCAGGCCCGGGGGUGCCCACCCAGGAACAUCCAGUCCCGGCCGACCAGGCUCGUGAGGAGAACUUGAAGCCAAUAAAGCCUGUGGUUCCCACCGAGCUCACGCUGUGUCUUUGUUACAAGUGGGGUUUCUAUUUAUUGAGGGGGAAACCAAAGGACUGUCUGGCUGAAGGAAAUCUACUUUUCCCUUUAUGUUUUCUAUCCUAAAGCUGGUUGAAGGGCUGUUAUCAAACAGCGUUCAGAUGCUCAGUAAUGAGGCUUUUCACGGGCCUCGAGCUUCCGGGCGCUGGGUGUGCCCCCCCCCCCCCCCCCACGCACCCACCCCGAGCUGCGGCCUCGUGUCUGUGCACGGCAGUGGGCUUCGUGUCCACCAUGGAUUUGCCGAGUGCUCAGCCCAGCCUGCGGUUUGAAGAUCCUCAGUGAGUGAUUCGUUUCAACUUGGUGAUUCGGUUAUUGCGUGUAGAGCCCCAGAGCUCAGGCCCUCAACUCCACACAGGGACAGGCCAGGGUCUCGGCAGUGGCCCGGCCCUCAGAUACCUCACAGGCUCUCUGUCCAGGUCACUUAGGUGUCCAGGGAUGAACGAUGCCAUGCGGCGUGGCCAGGGCACUGGUGCCUGUAUCUGGCCUACGCUGGGCAGUACAUGGUCACAUCCUAGAGCUGUCCCCCAGAGCUGGUGCGUUCCCAGGGUAGGAAAGAUCCAAAGGUGAGGCCCGGAGCAGGGACUUGUCACUGCAGCGUCCCCCAGAUGACGGUGAUCUUUCCAUUCCCCUGUCCACAACAUUGCCUGGUGCUUUGCUACAAUCUUGUCAUUGACCCUCAUGUUCAGCCUUCGCCUUUGCCCUGAGCGUCAUGGUUUCCCUGAGCAAUGCACAAGGUAGGGCUCAGCCCCCUUUGCAGAAGAAGCCCCGGCAGCCCUGAGGGGCCCUGCUCUGCCAGGACGCUUGCUGCUCAGCUGUGGCCUCGCUGCCCCCCACCCACCUCUGUGCCACCGCCUGGGCAUCCGCUGGGCCUGGGUGGGGAGCGUUCUGAAUCCUGACUCCGUCUCCCUCUGUGCCCGUUCUGGCCAUCACUCUUGGGGCUUCAGUGUCUGGGCGACACUUGUUUACUUGUUUUCUGCAGUUACUCUGACACUUUGUCCUUGAACUAUCGCUUCCUGUCCGUCAGCUUGCUCGCUCCCUUGUCCCUUUCUCUGACCUCUUGGAGGUCCUAACCUCCGGUCCCUCUGCCUCUUUCCCUGUCCAUGGGAUCCUCGUUUUUAGUUCCUUUCCUGUCAGGCGUCUUGAGUCCUGCCACCCACACCUGAAUCCCUUUUCUACCCUGAGGUGUUGAGAGAAGGCACCAUCAGACCCCGGGUGCCGCUCCCCCUGAAACAGGUGUACCCUCAGCUCCGAGCCCAAGUCCCUAAGGAGGUUUACCAGGACCCACUCUGGCCCCGUGUGACUUGUCCGAGGCCCUUAGCUUGUGAGUGGUGCAGCUGGGCCCUGAUCCUUCCUGUCCUGCCAAACCCCACACCGUCCUCACUGCUGCUUCCGCAGCCCCUGGGACCACGGGGAUGAUCUGAGGUGACUGAUGCUGUGAGCUACAGGUAUAGGGAGUGGAGGCGCAGGGGCGGGGGGUCAGGGAGCCGGCCUCUCCUGGGCUCCCCACCUCUGGACCUUUGUUUCCCAUGAAGUAAGGGGGAUAAGGGGUCAAUGGGUGGGGGCGGGGACCCACUCUGCUUGGGUUCCUGUCAUCUGAGCUUCCUUCAUAAGGACUACUUGCACAGAUGUGCCUUAUUUUAAUACUUGCCAGAGUGUGGAAAUGCAGAUUCCGGCAGAAAAUAAUGGAGCAGCUCCUGCCUCCAGAAGCCGCACGAACAGAUUCCUCAGUGGAAGCCCCCAUCUGCACACGAGGCCUCUUGGUGUGCUUCGGUGGUGGCUGCAGGGGGCUUGGCUUCCCCUGCUGGUCUCCGUGCCCGUGAGAUAGCCAUCCCCCUUCUGCCCAGACCUGGUUAAGGUUGUGAGCCCCAAAAUCUGAAACUCGCAGAACAAUGAGACCUUUUCCAAAAAUCAGCGACUCUUAGCGAUUCUCAGUGGCUGAUCUCAAAACAGAUUUUUGAAGCAGUACUUAAAGUUCCAUGGCGGUUGUGCCCAAAUGCGAGUGUGUGUGUUGGGGGGGGGGGAGAUGUGGGGAGUAAGCUGUAUAGUGAGUGGUUAGAACCUAGGCUAGGUGUGGAAGCGGGAGCUGGGUUCAGCUGUACCUGCAGGGAAAGUUGUAGGUAUAUUUGCACAUGGUUACUGCAUAGCCCUUGGGCACUGAACUUGGUCGUUGGCAAGGGUGGAGAAGCUGGAAGGUUGAGAGGAUUCCACUUGGAUGCUGCUACAGCCCAGGUCCAUCUGGCUGGGAGACCCAGGCAUGCCUGGGAGCACCGCCUACGGAGGAGGGGGCCCUGGGAAUCCAGCUGGCCAUUGGCUUAGUCACCCACAACUUUCCAGGAAGGCAGUAGCCGGAAGCAAAGUGUAUUUUUGCACCCCUCCCCCGCACAACACCAGUUUAGAUUCGUGUAAAAUAUUCCCAACCUUGGGCUAGCGAAGGCCCCUCUGCGGGGUGCAGGAGCAGCCUGGUUUGUUUGGACUGGACUCAGGCCAAGAACAAACUGCAAUAAGGACAAUUUGGAUCUUGGAGAAAGCUCCCGUGUCCCUGGAGAGUUCAUGUUUGCAGCAGCUGAAUUCAGGAGGAUGUGUCAAUUUCCCGUUGGUGAAAUUAAUCACCAUGUGAGAUGAGGCGCUCCCAGAGAAGCAGCUGCAGGGGCUAAAUAUACAGAGAGAGAAGGAGGGGGAGAGGGGCACAGGGCUUCCAGCUCCCCCGGGAGUCUCCUCGCCCCCACCUCGGCUCACCUGUCCACCUCCCUGUCAUGAGCCGGGAUGGUAAUCCCGGUCUUUCCGGGCCAGUGCCCACCUGCAUAGCGGUAACUGUGCUAUGCAUGGUCUCAUUAACCUGUACUACCCUGUGCCCUUCAUGAAUGAGAGAACGGGUAGAUCGUCCCCUCAGUAAGUGUUGGAGCCAGGAUCUGAACCCGAGCCUGUUACAACUUGUUCUCUAUCCUGUCCUCUGGACUAUCCUGUCUUCCCAGAAUGCUAUCUAUUAAAAAACAAA